GUAGGCUCGCGACCAUUCAUGUUAGAUAUCGCAAAAAGAAAACAAAAAAAAUUUGUUUAGUUAUAGAAAAAUUUUUAAAGUGCUUUCGGCAAUAUUUUUCUUAAAAAAAGAAAUGAAAUUAUAAAAAAAUAUAUAUAUAUCAAAAAAAAUAUUCAAGCUACUGUCACACAAGUGGUUAUUAAUACAAUCACCAAAAUCAAUACAGUUGAUAAAGCCAGCCCAAAAAAAAAGAAAAAAAGCAGUGUCUUCGGUUGCUAGAAAUUUUAAAAUAAAACCCUUCCGAAACGGUCUCAUUGAACACAGUGCGCAUACAGUCUUACGACAGCGGUGGACGAGCAUGAAAGCUGUUUAUUAUUUGAAAAUUCUAUUGUCAUUCCUGAUAUUAGCCAUUACUGCUGGUCCCAAUCAAGUGGCCGGCGGAACUAUUGCUAGAUAUGCGGAGGAAGUGAGAAAGAAAAUUUUAAUGGCCCGAUCACUGCCAUUUCAAGAUUGCGGUUCACGUUAUCUAAUUCUAUACCUGAAAAUAUCGAGUUGCUCAGAAAUUCCAUGUACCAUGUAUCGUGGUACCACAGUCCAUGUGGAUGUUAUAUUCGAUGACGAUGAUAACAAUACCACAUUCCUGAAACAUGAAGUUCAAUGGAUAUUGAAUUCCAUUAAAACAGAUGCCCAUAUUACUCCCGACCCUUGCGAAGGUGAUGAGGAAUGCAUAUCCACUGAUAAUGAUGGCAAAUCUUAUUGGGCAUCGGUGCUUGUCAAUAGUACACUGCCCACGAUUACUGGUACCAUGAAGUGGGAAGCUGUUAAUCAAUAUUUCCAGAAAGUGCUUUGCUUCAAAGUCCCUAUAACGAUUAAGAGUUGCCAAAAGUGUAGACAAACUGAACCUACAAUAAAUGUUCACAUAUAAAAUAUUUAAAAGCAUUAA